AUGAGUUCGUUCGAAGCUUCAAAGCCUGUACUGCCCACCUCACGUGGAGGACCAAAUGGCAAGCGUCCGCCACUCACACAUCGGUGUUCCGACCCUGAGUUUAGUGACUCAGAACUAGAUGAUGCUGUGGAUAUGGGUGAAACUGCCAUGUGGGCUAAUUUAAAUGAAGCCAUUUAUACUGAUAAGAAUCUUGAAGUAUUUCGACCAACUCAAGAAGAGUCAAGUUUACCCAUUUAUUGCUCAAAAGGGUGGUUCCCUUUUUCAGCGGAUACACUAUUUAAUACACUCUUGGAUAUCCGCUAUCGUGAAUUAUGGGAUCAUAAUGUGGAUGAAGUGUAUGUAGUCGAACAUCAGCAUGAAAGUGAUGUCAUGUAUUGUGCUUUUAAACUUCCAUGGCCAUUAGCAAAUCGUGAUUACGUUUAUCGACGUCGUGUCAAGUUUUAUCCACUUCAAAAUGCUUUUGUUAUUCUUUAUCAAGCUGCACAUCAUAUCGAUGUACCUGUUUCAUCCACUCGUACACGAGUUGAAACGUGUCGAUUACGAUUGUGUAUUCGAAAUUUAGCAAGUUCUCAUGAAUCUUGUGACUUUUAUUUGGAAUAUGAAGAUGAUACAAACUUUAGUCUUCCAAAUUAUCUCAUCAAUCUCUUACUUCGUACAAUGUUACCAUCAUUUAUGACGAAACUUCACAAAGCUUGUAGUGGAUAUGCAGCUUUCUUUCACUCAAUCAAGAAUAAUGAGAAUGAAAGUAUGCCGUCUCAAGUUAUACGUGAACGUGCUGAAACUCCAACUCUCGUCAUUGAAUCGAUCGAUCCAAGUGACAAGAAAAAUGUCAUUCGAGCUUCUGCUACAGAAGAACGAAAACCUGUGCGAAUGCAGAAGCAGUCACGAAACUCGUUUUUCUCUCGACGUACGACAAGUACAAAUAGUACACAAAGUGUCAAUGGUAUUGAAAAUCUGAGUCGAUUGAGUGAUGACUAUGGAGAUAUGCGUCGAAGUGAAGUAUCAACUGAUCAAAGUUCUCGAUCAACUUUGAUUCGUCACUCAAUUAAUUUUAAUGAUGGAUAUCUUCACCAUUCGUCUUCAGCUUAUAAUCUUGAAUCUCAAUUCACGAACACACCUUCAGAGGUUUCUCGUGUGAGUUCGAUAGACUCUGCACAAACAGCACCUCUUGAUAAAGACGAAACUUUACUGCCAUUAGAUGAUGAUUUUAGUAUGAAAUUUCGUAAACAAAAGAUUGGAUUACACUUGGAAAUGGAUCUGUAUUCUAACAAAAUUAUCGUUGCGUAUUGUGAAAAACACAGUGAAGCAGCAGGAAGUGGAAAUCGCAUUGAAAUUGGAUAUCUUGUGACAUCAGUCAAUGGUAUCUCUGUGACAGAUUGGAAUUCAACGAAUGUAUUUAGUGAGAUUCAGCGAGCUAAACGACCUCUAACUUUAGGUUUUAGUUCCCCAGAUCGUGAAGCUUUACUGGGUUAUCAUCACUAUCACGAACCUCAAAACAUUGUACGGUGCUUUAUUACUCGAGCAAAUAAUAUAUUGAGUUUGUUACGUCCAUUUGAUAAAGACGAAGGAAGAAGUGCAAUGCUUUAUCGUGAUUUUGUUGCGUCUGCUGCCAAAUCGAUAUUUGAUAGCAGUCAUUCAGAGAUUUUAUCUUCCGAACAAACGACAUUAACGUCUCGAUCUUCUACGUCGUUGUCACAUGUUGAUACCGAACGGGUGCUAGUGCCUGCAGGCUAUUUGGUUUACAAAAUUAAUGACUUGCAUGUUCGAAACGUACCAUUUACUGAAAUCGCUCUUUUGUUGGAAAGAAGUCGUGAUCAAUGUAUCGUUACGUUUAAAGCUGCAAUGUUAAUUGUAGGAAACAAACAACGAUCUUUAAAAGGUAGACACCAUUUAUCUCGUCGUUUUCCAGGUAUUUUUCGAAAGAAACGUCGAACAUCUGAUACAAACAUAGUAGCAAUCAAGAGCUUGACUACGCCGACAGAUAAUACGAGCGAUACACAAAAUGAUCAAACAAAGUUGGAGACUUGUGAAUUGACAGAUUAUUCCUCGGUUACAGUCACAGUAGAUAACGUCGAUUGGGUGUGGCAACAAGUGUUGAAGCUUAAAACGACGGAGCGAGUUUUCUCUGCCGGGUUACUUAUCGAUCGACUUGAAGCUUUUCUAGCUGAUACAAAUAACGAUACGAUUGUUGUAGCUCGAAUGAAGCAAACAAUGGAUGAGAAACAAAAACUGGUUGAUUAUAUUCAAGAACGACGAGAACGAGGUGUGAAAGCACUUGAAGAAUUUAACAAUACGAAAAAAGAUAAUGACUGGCAGUUUGGACAAACAAUGUUAGGAGUGACUACAUCUUGGAAACCAGAUGAAGAUGGUUCUGUAUGGAUUAAACUUGAAGGUCUUGUGGAUGGUGUGGAUAUUUUUCAUACGAUUUCGGUCAUUCGGGAAGUCGAUCUUUAUAGUGUAUGGAUUCCAUUUUGCUCUCAAUCUCUUUUGUUACAAGAAAUGGGUCAUGUGGAACUUGCAGCGUAUUUAGCAAUCUCAUCCCCUUUCUUACAACGAGAUGCUAUCAUUCGAGCAUUUGGGAUUAAUGCUGUUUAUGAACAUCGUUGUCUUUUGCUAUUAGGAGGAUCUGUGGAUGUGUCAACAAUCACAACUUCUGUGUCUAUUCCAACGUUACAAGGAUGGAGUGCAGGUCGCAUGGAGAUAAAAGGAUUUCGUGCACUAAUUGAACCUCUUACACGUACGCAAGCACGUACGUGUAUCAUUGCAAAUCUUGAUCCCAAAUGUGCCAUUCCAAAAGCUAUGCUGAACUUUGGUAUUAAAAAGAUGGCAGGGAUUCUACUCUAUUUGAUUCGCAAAGAAGCUGAAAAGAUUGAACUUGACUUGAAGAGUUCAAAAGCAAGUGCUGGGAAUGAACAUCUUUGUCGAAUUACAAACGAUCCGAGUGGAUUUUAUACAUGGCUUCGACCUAUUGUCGACAAGUUUUUUCUCGAUCAAGUUGAAAAGAAAUCACUCGAUUCAACUUCAUUAACUUUGGACGCGACGUUAGAAUGGACAACUGACUCUGAUGAACCUUCCGUGAAAGAUACUCGACGCAAAAGUACAAAAAGUAUCAGUCCACGACCAACAAAACGACGUAGCACACGAAUUUCUCCAUUACAACGUGAUGGAAUUCGGGUAUCUCUACCCAAGAAACGCUCAAUUGAGUCGCCAUUAUUGAUUAACUCACACUGGAGUGAUUACUUGUAUAAAAUCAUCAUUUGGCCGUAUGUUCUCGUCUUUCUCUUUGCGACAAUAUCGACAGAUCUUUCGGUACUAUCUGCAUAUGGACUCAAACUCAUCUUCACGUGCUCCUGUACAUUUUUAGCUGUUCCUGGUGCAUUUUCUCCAACAAUUCGAAAUCGAAAACGAAAACAUUACGAAUUCCAACCACUUUGUCGACAAUAUGUUGUAUUGGCUGCAAUUUUUGAUGUCUUGACCUCGUAUGGUAUUCGAAUUUGGGUCCACUGGAUCCAGUGUUAUGUCGGUGCGAUGUUAUAUGGCACAAGUACAUUUAAGCGCUCAACAAGUGAAAUUUAUGAAUCGGAGCAUUUUAUGAUGAUUUUAUGUUGCUUUAUCUAUGCGAGUGCGAUUGUUGGUAUGCAGAUACAUGUAGCAGUUCAUAUGUAA